AUGGCUGCUGCGAAUCCUCUGAAAAGCCUCCGAGAUGAAACAACUUGCUCCAUCUGUCUGAGUUUUUAUAAAGAUCCUGUGUUUUUAGAUUGCGGGCACAGUUUCUGCCGAGCCUGCAUCACCCAGUGCUGGGAGGGAUCAGAUAUAGCUGUCUCCUGCCCUCAGUGCAGAGAGACCUUUCCCCAGAGGACCCUGAGGCCGAACAGACAACUGGGGAAUGUGGUAGAAAUAGCCAAGCAGCUGAGUGUCCCAGCAGCAGCAGGAGAAGGUUGGUGCAAGGUGCACCAGGAGCCUUUCAAACUCUUCUGUAACCAGGACCAAAUGCUCAUCUGUGUGAUCUGCAGAGAGUCCCAGGCUCACCGUGCUCACUUGGUGGUCCCCACAGAAGAGGCUGCCCAGGCCUACAAGGAACAAAUUCACGCCCAAUUGAACACACUGAAGAAAGAGAGAGAAGAACUUCUGGAGUGGAAACAGGAUGCAGAGACACAAAGCCAGGAAUAUCUGGGAAAGAUAGAAGCUGAGAGGCAGAAGAUUGUGUCUGAAUUUGAGCAACUGCGGCAAUUCCUGGAGGAACAAGAGCGACUCCUGCUCGCCCAGCUGGAAGAGUUGGACAAGGAAAUUGUGAAGAUACAGGAUGAAAAUGUCACCAAACUGUCUGAGGAGAUUUCCCGUCUCAGUGACUUGAUCAGUGAGCUAGAAGAGAAGUGUCAGCAGCCAACAAGCCAAUUCCUGCAGGAUAUCAAAAGCACCUGGAGCAGGUGUGAGAAGGUGAAGUUUGAGAAACCAGUGAACGUGCCACAGGAUCUGAGAGAGAGACUCUGUGUCUCUUCCCAAAGAAUUGUUUGUCUACAAGAGGCUCUGAAGAAAUUCAAAGAGACCCUGCCCUAUCAGCUGAGCUUUCUGAUCUCGAAGGCAGAGAAAGAGAUGCAGGCCACUCCGGAUCCAGACCUGGCAAAUCCUUGUUCCCUUCUGUCCAGAGAAGAGAGCGUGAUCUACAAACAUACGGAAAUUUUGGAGCACAGGUUUCACCCUGCUGCCUGUGUGCUGGGCUAUAAGGGCUUCACCUCAGGGAGAUGUUAUUGGGAAGUGGAGGUGGGGAACAAACAUCUUUGGGUUUUGGGCAUUGCCAAAGAGUCUGUGAUACAAAAGGGAACGAGAAGCCGUACUCCAGAAAAGGGGAUCUGGGCUUUGCAGAGUACAGGGAAUGAGUACUUGGCCCUCACCUCCCCUAAGACUGCUCUGGACCUACCUCGUAGCCCCAGUAACAUUGGGGUUUAUCUGGAUUAUGAAGGGGAGAAAGUUACAUUUUAUGACAUUACAUCUUCUGGCAGAGAGACAAUCUUUACUUUCACAUCCUCUUUCACUGGGAAGAUCAUCCCCUUCUUUGGGAGCCGGCGUGUCGAAUAUCCGAAUCUAGGCAGUAGUGAUCCCUGGAAUGCAUACCAUUAAGACCUGCGGCAGAGGAAUCACUCAAUAUGAGAUAGCUAAGGUAGAGCAAAGAGAUGGGAAAUAUAUAAAUUACAGCUGUCAUACAUUGCCAUUCUAAUCACAGACUUGCCAGCCCCAAGCAUUCAAAAACUGUGGGUCAGGCCCCCAAAAUCAGGAGAUUGACUUAAAAAAUCUUGAGCUAUUUUUGUCUGCCUUCUGCUUUCUAGAUGUACUUUGCUUCCCGUUUUCAAGCUUUUCUAUGCAAAUGUGAAGGCUAGAAACUAUCUGUAAUAUAACCUGAGCUUCCCUUGCAAUCUAGCCCUUCCAACAGCUGGGAUUUAAAGAAAAACACCAAGUGCUGCGAGACUCGCAAUAGAAUGAUGAGGGAGAACAAGACUGACUUGCUCAGCAUUAUGCUGGUGAAUGGAGUUUCUUAACCCUCUUACAUGCCUGUCGCUGUAGCUCUGUGAUCCUCCAGACACACACGAACUGGCCAACCAGCAGACACUCAGGAGCCACUCCCAGGGUCUCCGCAGAGCUUGGCUGUCCUAGGGCAGCUGCACUGCUG